AUGCCAAGGAGGAAGAAGCCCACAGAGGGCCUGGACUCUCGAGGUCAGGAUGGGGAGGAGGAGGAGGAGGAAGAGAAGAGGAGCCCGGCCAAUGCCAAGAAGCGCAGUUUUGUGGAUGCAUUUAUCGUUAUAUCUGACAGCGAUGGAGAGCAGGAGUCAAAGGAAGAGAGUGGAUUGCAAAAGAAGAGAACAAAACAACAGCUGGAUAGAACAAAGUUUGCUGCUAAAAGAAAAAUUGCACAGAUGACUGAAGAGGAACAGUUUGCACUGGCUCUGAAAAUGAGUGAGCAAGAAGCCAGACAAGUGAACUGUCAGGAAGAGGAAGAGGAGGAGCUCUUGAGGAAGGCCAUUGCUGAGAGCCUUAAUAGCUGUCAGCCCUCAGACUCCUCUGAUGCCACCCCUCAGUUGUCUGCAGAAGCGCUGAGCGCGCGAGGCCAAAGCCAGCCCGCUGAGAAAGAAGGCUCUGAGAUCCUGGGAGGUCUGGCGCUUUGCCCUGACACCCCUUGCUCCGAGUGCAGCUCCCACUCACAGAGUGCCAGAGCUGAUGGGAACAGACAGAUGGAUGUCGCCCGGAGCCCCCUGGUAGUGUUGAGGAGGUUAAGCCAGGAAAUCGUUGAAAGCUCACUAGUAUCCAGCAUAAUCGUGUCUCCGGGGAAGGGCCAGCCUGUGACAAGGUCAAGUGAAAAGCCUUCCUCACCAGCAAAAAGUGAUUCUAGUAACAUGUUACCCAGCCCUCUCAGAGAGGACCUUAUCUCUUUGAGUCCCACCUUUGGCAGGGUGACUUCAGGCUCCUGGCAACUGACACCUCGGAGACUGUUCACAGGCCCCUCCAGCUCUUCUGAAGCAACAGGCCACAAGCCAAAAGAGCAGCCCCUGCCCUGCACUGUCCGUUCUGCAGGAGAAGCCAGUGCUGGGAGUUCAACCACGCUCUGGAAGAGCUGGACCGCGGAGCAGUGUGGCAGCCCCAGGAGGAGUGGUGGAGGAGCAGGUACCAAACACACCUCGCAGCCCGGGCACGCUGCCAAAGUCUGUGUUUCCACAGAGCAAGCAGAGCAGAACGAGGUGCCCGACAGCGCCCCUGAGCUUUGCUUACUGAAUGCGGUGGAGGAGAAGCACAAGCAGGAGGAGGCAAGAGACACAGUGCACUAUUACUGGGGCAUCCCUUUCUGCCCCAAAGGGGUGGACCCCAACCAGUACACCAAAGUCAUCUUGUGUCAGCUGGAGGUUUACCAGAAGAGCCUGAAGCAGGCUCAGAGGCAGCUAUUGCAUAAGAAGGAGUUUGGUAACCCAGUUGUGCCCAGUUCUUCCUUGAGCCAAAACGAGCUUGGGAAGGGGGAACAGAUAAGCAGGGAGAACGGUGUUGCUGAUGAUACAGAAGAUGGAGACCCAGAUGGGCAGAAGGAGUCUGAGAGCAUCACCUGGCUCCUUCCUUCAAAGAGGAGGGAGGCAGAGAGUCCAGGGCACAGCAUGGAAGAAGAGAAGAACUCUACUUCGGAUGAUGAACCGACCACCAGCUACUGCCAGACCUCCCAGGUGCUGCCUGCAGGGGACGUGCAUGAAGACAGGGAACCCAUGCAAAUUGCACAGAGCAUCUCUGUGUUGACCCCACUUGGCAGUAAAAGGAGCCCAGAUACUGCCACAGAAAACUCCGCUGAAGAAGAGAUCUCUAUUUGCCCAGAGACCCAGCUGAGUCCACCCGAAGCUAUUGAGGCAGAGAGAGAAGAGCUCUGCUUGGGCAGCAGAGAUGCACCUAUGCAGGCUGGUGGAGAUGAAGAUGCUGGCAGGACUGUGUCUGAGCACAGUCCUACAGCUGUUGACCGUGUGUCGUGCCCGCUGUGUGACCAAGGCUUCCCAGCUACGGAGAUCGAGCUGCACGCCAUGUACUGCAAUGGCAUCGUGGGAGAGGAGGCUGGUGAGGACAGUCCAGUGCUCACCCGGAGUCAGAGAGAGGCAAGAAGUAAAGCUGCCAGUGGUGGAAGCAGCCCGACAUCCUUAGACAUUGACAAGACAUUGGAAGGCGGGAGAGGGGACUCCUCAGGAUGCUGGAGCUCUCGGAGAACAAGUCUGCAGGUGCUGAUGCGGGGACCCCCCUCCCUGGACUAG